GAUACGAUAAACGAACGGAACCAUAAAAUGGCCCAACUUCUUCGCGGAUGGUCGAGUAUCGAUCCCCGGUUCAAACACAUUCGCCCGGUCGUGUACACGGUGAGUCGGGUGAACUUUUCCGGCUUUACGACAGGAAAUGGCAGUAGUAAUGGUGCCGGGAAUGGAGGUGGUGGUAGCAACCAUUCCUCGGCCUGGUCACGGUACAACUACUACCGGCAGCAGGAGUUUCUGCGACCACCGAACAGCAGUGGAUGGCAAUAUUAUGGUCAGCAGCGGAAUUACGGCAUGCUGAUAGGGCGCGUCCUAAGGGGUGUGCUGAAGUUGCGCUAUCUGGUGCUGGGCAGUGCCAUCGGUGGUGGUGUAACGCUAAACAAACGGUACGAGGAAUGGAAGGAUGGUUUGCCAGAUAUGAAAUGGCUGGAGGAAGUGCUGCCCGACAAUGAAAAGUGGGCCGGCUUUACGAAAAAUCUGCUCGCCGUUAAGGAUGCAGUAAAAGACUCCAUCGAAAUAGAUCCCCGAUUGAAGCAGCUAAGCGAGCAUAAGUUAAACGAAUGGCGACAAUGGUUUGAUCAGCGCCUGGACAACGCAAUCGAGGCUGCUGAAACGCAGCAAAAUCCACAGAUUGAAAGUUCCUUCCAGAAUCUAUCAGAUUUUAUUUCUGAUCUAUAUGGAGCUACCAAAGAAGAGCUAAGAGCGAAAAACACAGUCAACGCCAAAGGUCUUAAUGCUGAGGAAAGCCGCAAACGGGUCGACACACUGCAGGCGCAGGUCGAUUCACUGCAGACGGAAAUCAUGAACGUGCAGCUCAAGUAUCAGCGCGAGGUGGAAAAGCUCGAGAAGGAAAACCGCGAUCUACGGCAGCAGUUUCUGAUCUUGAAAACGAACCGCAAACAGCCCACAAAAAAGCGCAUCAAAAAAUCGUUGAUCGACAUGUACUCGGAAGUGUUGGACGAGCUGUCCGGUUACGAUACGAGCUACACCACGGCGGAUCAUCUGCCCCGUGUCGUGGUGGUCGGUGAUCAGAGCAGUGGCAAAACGUCCGUCCUGGAAUCGAUUGCUCAGGCACGCAUCUUUCCCCGGGGUAGUGGAGAAAUGAUGACCCGUGCACCGGUCAAGGUAACACUGUCGGAAGGUCCGUACCACGUGGCACAGUUUCGUGAUUCGGAGCGCGAGUACGAUCUAACGAAGGAAAGCGAUCUGGCUGAGUUGCGGCGUGACGUUGAGAUACGGAUGCGCAAUUCGGUGCGUGGUGGCAAAACGGUCAGCAUGGACGUGAUCUCGAUGACGGUGAAGGGACCGGGACUGCAGCGUAUGGUGCUGGUCGAUCUGCCCGGCAUCAUUUCGACGCAGACGGUCGAUAUGGCGCCGGAUACGCGUGACCAGAUCAAGCACAUGACCGAACACUACAUGAGCAACCCGAAUGCAAUCAUUUUGUGCAUCCAGGAUGGGUCAGUGGACGCAGAACGUAGCAACGUGACCGAUCUCGUGUCGCAGUGCGAUCCGCUCGGCAAACGGACCAUCUUUGUGCUGACCAAGGUGGAUCUGGCUGAAGAUCUGGCCGAUCCGAACCGCAUACGGAAAAUAUUGUCCGGCAAGCUGUUCCCAAUGAAGGCCCUCGGAUACUUUGCCGUAGUAACGGGCCGUGGUCGCAAGGACGAUAGCAUCGAAACGAUACGCGAAUAUGAGGAAAAGUUUUUCAAAAACUCCAAACUAUUUCAAAGUGGCGUCACUAUGUCACACCAGGUGACAACGAGAAACCUCAGCCUUGCAGUGGCCGAUCGUUUCUGGAAGAUGGUACGUGAAACGAUCGAACAACAGGCGGAUGCGUUUAAAGCAACACGCUUUAAUCUCGAAACGGAAUGGAAAAACAAUUUCCCACGGUUGCGCGAAUCCGGUCGGGAUGAGCUGUUCGAAAAGGCCAAAGGCGAGGUGCUGGAUGAGGUGGUUAACCUUUCACAAGUAUCUGCCAAAAAGUGGGAAGAGCUGCUGAACAGUAAACUGUGGGAAAAGCUAUCAAGCUACGUGUUUGAAAAUAUUUACCUUCCGGCGGCCCAGUCGGGAUCACAAAAUUCGUUCAACACAAUGGUCGAUAUUAAGCUGCGCCAGUGGGCUGAACAGGCACUACCCGCCAAAUCGGUUGAAGCCGGUUGGGAAGCGCUACAAAAAGAGUUCCAGCAUCUAAUGGAGGUAGCUCGCCGAACACCCGAUCACGACGAUUUGUACGACAAUCUGAAGAGUGCCGUCAUAGACGAAGCAAUCCGAAGGCACUCGUGGGAAGACAAAGCGAUCGAUAUGCUGCGGGUGAUACAGCUCAACACGCUGGAAGAUCGAAGCGUACACGACAAGCAGGAAUGGGACCAGGCAGUACGCUUUUUCGAAGCAUCCGUAAAGGAGAAGCUGCAGGCGACCGAAACAACCAUUGGAGAAAUGUUUGGCCCUAGCACUAGCCAAAAGUGGCUUCACUGGCGUUCAUCGACCGAGGAACAAAACAAACGGCGCCAGGUAAAGUCGGAGCUGGACAAAAUACUCGACAGCGAUACGAAACAUUCGCCCACGCUCAGCUACGACGAGCUGACGACGGUGCGAAAAAAUCUGCAACGAGGCAACGUGGAGGUUGAGACGGAUUACAUUCGGGAAACGUGGUAUCCCAUCUACAGGCGGCAUUUCCUAAAGCAAGCACUAAACCGUGCGUACGAUUGUCGGAAGGCGUACUACUUGUACUCGCAGCAGGGCAACGAUUGUGAGGUGAACUGUAGCGAUGUGGUACUGUUCUGGCGUAUCCAGCAGGUCAUCAAGGUGACGGCUAACGCACUCCGCCAGCAGGUAAUCAACCGGGAGGCUCGCCGCUUAGAUAAGGAAAUUAAGGAAGUGUUGGACGAGUAUGGUGAGGAUGACGAGAAGAAGUUGCAACUGCUAACAGGCAAACGUGUGCAGUUGGCAGAAGAAUUGAUCCGCGUCAGGCAGAUUCAGGAAAAGUUGGAAGAGUUCAUAAACGCUCUUAAUCUAGAAAAGUAAAACGCUCUAUCACUAGCUAGUCGCUAACUCUUCGUGGAAAGUUGUUCGGUC